AUGGCGCCUUACAAUUACAACAACUACUAUGAUCCCGUGGGAAGUCAGUCAAAUCAGGCUCAGCCGCAGGGCUAUACCUACGCGAACACAACGAACCAGAGCUCGAACAACGCGCAGUAUGGAAGCACAAAUUCCACUUAUCAGGCAGGUUACAACCAGAGUUAUGGCACUACGUAUGGCGGCCAGCAGUAUGCCCCGAACGCGCAGCAGCAGGCAGCUGCCACUACGAGCAACGCAGCUUCCACGCUCACUUCGCUGAGCAACCAAGAAUAUGCGCAGCCUUCAUCUGCUGGCAACCCAUCAAGCAACAGCAACAUUACUUCCCAAUACGACAACAGCAUUUAUGGUGGUCAGACCUACUCCUCAAAUGCCUACAACUCCUUAACGAACCGAAGUCAGGCCAAUAAUUCACCUCUCUACGCCACCCAGGCCGCAGGAAGCUCAACUUUCGGUAGGCUGGGUUUGCCUGAUCAGUCACAAAGUAGCUCCAACACCUUCGCCAAUACUCAGACCUACCCGUCAACAAGCUCAAGUGCGAGUGCCAAGACUUACCGAAACGCGCCUUCCAGUGCUGGCUACAAGAACGCUCACCAGCCGCAACAGACUCAGCAGCAAAGUCAGCCACAACGUUACAACAGCCCGCUGCAUGCAGUGCAAGCCCAGCAACAAGGCCAUCACAAGCAGUCCUCUCGAACUUCAAAUCACGCACCUUCGCCCCAGAUCACUUCCCAAUCCGCCUCACAUUUGAGCCAGACGCAGCGGCAACCGAGCGCAUCAGUUGAACCAUCACCUACAACUGUAGAUCCAUCUCAGGUAUACGAUUGGCGCGCUGAGCAGGAGAAGAAAGCUCGCAUUGAGGCAGAGAGACGCAGGAAGAUGGAAGCCGAGGCAGCUGUGAAAAAGGCCGAAGAGGACGCGAGAAGGGCCGAAGAAGAGGCGCGCAAAGCGGAAGAAGAGCGCGUCGCAACCGAGCAACGAGAUCGUGAGGAAGGCGAACGAAAAGCAAAGGAGGCAGAAGAGAAGAAGAAGGCCGCACAAGCCAAGAAGAAUGAGGCAAGGAAGAAGGCGCGGGAGGAGAAGAAACAAAGCAAAACUGCCGCGACUGCGCUGCAGCAAAUGGCUGCAUCUUCCUCUGCUGGAGGCUUGAUGGCAGCCAUGAUGGGUGGAGAUGGUCCCCCUGCGAACAAUGAAGAGGCCGAGAUGCGUGCAAUGUUCAAGAAGAUGCGCGAGUUCAACCAGAAGAACCCUGCUAUGCUUGCGAAGCUUUGGGAGGAAGAGCGCAAGCAGCAUGCCACGGCGCAAGAGAAUGCGCAGCCACCUGCACAGCCGGCUGUUACAGCUCCUCCCAUGCAGAGGAAUCAGGACACCGCUGCAGCAUCAGCAUCAGCGUCUACUCCCACCGUUGGCCAAGCAGUCGCGCAACAAGCGCAACAAGCGCAACAAGCGCAACAAGCGCAGCAAGCGCAGCAACCAACAGCCUCGUCUUCAAAAGCGCCGGCGCAAGCCUCGCCCACUGUGCAACAAGGCAACUCCCUUUGGCCACCGCACAAGAAAGGCAGUCUGGCUGAAGCUGCUUCAACGUGGCUCGGCAAUCUGGCAUACAACAAGACCAAUGGUCUCACCAUCAGCAAGGAGAAUGUCCUCAAAAUUCUCGACACUAAUCCGUCGUACGUUCAACUAUGCGAAGCAGUGGAGAAAACUGGUGUCAGAUUCGAGCGAUCUUUGCUGGCUAAGGAACUUCUCAAAGCUGUUCCAGAUGGUUUGCGCAAUCAGCCGGGCAAGAGUGGCACCCCUGCGAACAAUAAUGUCGCAGCACAAGUUGACGGCGCAGCGGCGUCUUCGCCAGCAGACACACCUGGCAAGAAGCGAGGAAGACCGAAGAAGGACGGCCCAACGACGUACUCUGUUCCGAAAAGCGGCAGAAGUUCAGGCACAGUGUCGUACUCGACGCCUUCAUUCACAUCGCUCGCUGAUGCCGCCAGGGAGGUCAAUGCUAUGCAUGCGACUCCAACUUACCCAUCAAAGGUCUCAGCAUCACUUCAAACGACAAUGAGCGGACCCGUGCAGCCCGCGAUGGCUCAAGAUACUUCUUUCUUUGAUACAGUCCCAGUCAUGGAUGACGACGACGCAACAGGCUCGGCACAACCUGAGAUCAAGCCGGAAGAGAAGCCUCAAGAGCCACUACCGCCGCCCAAGGACAAGGAAGAAGCCGCUCGAAAACGUGGCUUUGCCGACUUGGUCGACCUCACUGCACAAGAUUCUGACGAUGAUGAAGCGCCGCCGAGAAAGGUGUUCAUUCCAUCAUCUGGUCCACCGAACAGUGUCACGCCCAUUGUGCCAUCAAACCAAUUCACAAACAAGCCGAUGCCAUUUCAGCAAUUCAUGCAACAGAACAUGCAGCAACCUCGUCAGAAUCUCUUUCCCGGGCAGGGCGGCAUACAUGCAUCAGCUCCCUUCAGGCCGAGCUGGCAAACACCGACCACAUCUUGGGGGCAACAGACUAAGCCACAAUCUCCUGCUCCGCCUCAGGCUAGACCAAAAGGCCCUACCGAAGAGCAAAAGCAGCAUGAGCGUAUGCGAGGCAAGAUGUUGGUCGAGCCAAUCAUGCGAGAUCGUGUGGCACGUAAGUCAAAGUACGAUAGCAGGACGAUUGCUCGAGAUGUACUACUUGCGACUGGACGUCACCCUGACAUGCGGCCUCUCAAUAACCAUCUCAAUGGCAUGCAAAAGCUGCUUGGCGACCACGGUGGUGUCAUUGACGGCUCCGGAAACAAGAGCGACCUUGCAACAAUCAGAUGGGACAUUAUUGACCCAGGCGAACCAUCUGCCGAAGCCAAGGCUAGAGCGAAGAGACCAUCGAGCAGGGGCGCCGAUAUCAAAGAAGGCGACGAGGCCGACGACGAGAGCGAAGGAGACAUGUCUCACUUCAAAGCACGUGAGCCAAGCGCGAAGCCUCUCGCGCCUCUGCCGAAGCGACGCAGAAGGAAGCGUGAUCCCGUCACUAAAGAGCUCCUUCCUCUCAGCGACCAUGAAGGCGAUACAGCUCGCGAAGACAGCGAUGCGCCUGGCAAUUACUUGUCGGUGCAAGCGCAGCUGAAGCGAAAGAGCCAAGACGCUAAGUUAAGCUCCGGGCCCGGCCGCGGACCUCGCAAAUCUGAACUUCGCGACGCGUCAGACACCGACAACAAUUCACCACCUCGACAACAUCGCGGAACUCCGGGUCGACGCGUAUCUAACGCUUCUAAUCGCCCGGUCGACUCACCUUCAAGCAUGUCAGGCGCAGUUGGCUACGCUCAAUUCCGGCAGCUUGACGGAAACGGCAAUCCGAUCAAGAAGAAAGGUCGACCAGUCGGCUGGCGCAAGAGCAUCCAUUCUCGCGAAGCUCAAGGCCUUACACCGAAGAAAUCUGGUGCUUACGAAGUCAAGCGUGGUCCGUCUGGCUCGCGUCUGAGACAGUCUGCUACCAAGGAUGAUCUUGUGGAGCCACAUUAUCAAGUCUACCACUGCAGGUGGCGAGAUUGCACUGCCGAGCUCGACAAUCUCGAGAAGCUGAAGAAGCACGCCCUCAAAUUUCACGGUGUACCAAACGACGAAGGAGACUUUGAAUGUCUUUGGAAGAACUGCAGAAGUGCAGGCCUUCACGUCGACGCUAACGGCAAAUCACGCCAAGGUGAUGAGGGCGUCACAAGCUUCGAGACAAUCGAGCACUGGCUCAGGCACGUCAACAAGGCACAUUUCGAAGAGAUCGCCCAAACACUUGGUGACGGGCCGAGAGGAGGCAGUGUAUCAGGUGAGCAAGAAUGA